AUGCGGUUUAUUGGAAAUAUUGAAGUAGCUAAUGGGCAACAGAAAAACUGGGGAACAGUUGGAGAAGCAGCAGCCACUGUCAUUUUGCUGGAUCGUCUUGUGACUUCAUGGCUACUGGACAUGCCCUACUGCUGUAGCUGGACCCCUCCCACCAUGAUUUUGCUACCUGUGACCUUGAGUGACUCCUUCAGAUUGCAACUGUUGACUGUCUUUCUAACGCCGUUUAAAGAUCACGUAAAAAAGCAAACAAUAAGUGAUUGUGAUGUGGACAUCGUGAGAGUGCCGGAGCCUCAACAGAAAGCUCCCUUAGUUCCUCCACCACCGCCUCCGCCGCCGCCACCACCUCUGCCAGACCCUACGCCCCCAGAGCCAGAGGAGGAGAUCCUGGGGUCAGACGAUGAGGAGCAGGAGGACCCCGCUGACUACUGCAAAGGUGGCUAUCAUCCAGUGAAAAUUGGAGACCUCUUCAAUGGCCGGUAUCAUGUUAUUAGGAAGCUGGGAUGGGGACACUUCUCCACUGUCUGGCUGUGCUGGGAUAUGCAGGGGAAAAGAUUUGUUGCAAUGAAAGUUGUAAAAAGCGCCCAGCAUUAUACGGAGACAGCCUUGGAUGAAAUAAAGUUGCUUAAAUGUGUUCGAGAAAGUGAUCCCAGUGACCCAAAUAAAGACAUGGUAGUGCAGCUAAUAGAUGACUUCAAGAUUUCAGGCAUGAAUGGGAUACAUGUCUGCAUGGUCUUUGAAGUGCUUGGCCACCAUCUCCUCAAGUGGAUCAUCAAGUCCAACUACCAAGGCCUCCCCAUACGUUGUGUGAAGAGUAUCAUUCGACAGGUCCUUCAGGGGUUAGAUUAUCUGCACAGUAAGUGCAAGAUCAUUCAUACUGACAUAAAGCCGGAAAACAUCUUGAUGUGUGUGGAUGACGCAUAUGUGAGAAGAAUGGCAGCAGAGGCCACUGAGUGGCAGAAAGCUGGUGCUCCUCCUCCUUCGGGGUCUGCAGUGAGUACCGCUCCACAGCAAAAACCUAUAGGAAAAAUAUCUAAAAACAAAAAGAAAAAACUGAAGAAGAAACAGAAAAGGCAGGCUGAGUUACUGGAAAAGCGCCUGCAGGAAAUAGAAGAAUUGGAGCGAGAAGCCGAAAGGAAAAUAAUAGAAGAAAACGUCACAUCAGCUGUACCUUCCAAUGAGCAAGAUGAUGAAUACCGCCCAGAGGUGAAACUAAAAACAGCAGAGUUAGAGGAGGCAGCGGAGGGAGAGACUGCAAAUGACAAUGGUGAAGCUGAGGACCAGGAAGAGAAAGAAGACGCCGAGAAAGAGAACGUUGAGAAAGAUGAAGAUGAUGUUGAACAGGAACUUGCGAACAUAGACCCUACAUGGAUAGAAUCACCGAAAACCAAUGGCCAUAUUGAGAAUGGCCCAUUCUUACUGGAACAGCAGCUGGAUGACGAAGACGAUGAUGAAGAAGAUUGCCCAAAUCCUGAGGAAUAUAACCUUGAUGAGCCAAAUGCAGAAAGUGAUUAUACAUAUAGCAGCUCCUAUGAACAAUUCAAUGGUGAAUUGCCAAAUGGACGGCAUAAAAUGCCAGAGUCACAGUUUCCAGAGUUUUCUGCAUCAUUGUUCUCUGGGUCUUUAGAACCUGUGGCUUGUGGCUCUGCACUUUCCGAGGAAUCCCCGCUGACCGAGCAUGAGGAAAGCAGUCCAUCCCAUGACAGAAGCAGGACGGUUUCGGCCUCCAGCACUGGGGAUUUGCCAAAAACCAAAACCCGGGCGGCCGACCUGCUGGUGAAUCCCCUGGAUCCAAGGAACGCAGAUAAAAUUAGAGUAAAAAUUGCCGACCUAGGAAAUGCUUGUUGGGUGCAUAAACACUUCACGGAGGACAUCCAGACGCGUCAGUACAGGUCCAUAGAGGUUUUGAUAGGAGCGGGCUACAGCACCCCUGCUGACAUCUGGAGCACGGCGUGCAUGGCAUUUGAGCUGGCAACGGGCGAUUAUUUGUUUGAACCGCAUUCUGGGGAAGACUAUUCCAGAGAUGAAGACCACAUAGCCCACAUCAUAGAGCUGCUAGGCAGUAUCCCAAGGCACUUUGCUCUAUCUGGAAAAUAUUCUCGGGAAUUCUUCAAUCGCAGAGAUCACAUAGCAUUGAUCAUUGAACUGCUGGGGAAAGUCCCUCGAAAAUACGCUAUGUUGGGGAAAUAUUCCAAGGAGUUUUUCACCAGAAAAGGAGAGCUGCGGCAUAUCACCAAGCUGAAGCCCUGGAGUCUCUUUGAUGUGCUUGUGGAAAAGUAUGGUUGGCCCCAUGAAGAUGCUGCACAGUUUACAGAUUUCCUGAUCCCGAUGUUAGAAAUGGUUCCAGAAAAACGAGCCUCAGCUGGCGAAUGCCUUCGGCACCCUUGGUUGAAUUCUUAGCAGAUUCUACAAAUAUAGCAAUCUGAGCUAGCAAAUGUUUUCCAGUACAUUGGACCUAAACGGUGACUCUCAUUCUUUAACAGGAUUACAAGUGAGCUGGCUUCAUCCUCAGACCUUUAUUUUGCUUUGAGGUACUGUUGUUUGACAUUUUGCUUUUUGUGCACUGUGAUCCUGGGGAAGGGUAGUCUUCUGUCUUCAGCUUAGUAGUUUACUGACCCACUUUCUUCUGGAAACAAUAACAUGUCUCUAAGCAUUGUUUCUUGUGUUGUGUGACAUUCAAAUGUCAAUUUUUUUGAACAAAAAAUACUUCCCCCCUUGUGUUUUGGCAGGUUUUGUAACUAUUUAUGAAGAAAUAUUUUAGCUGAGUACUAUAUAAUUAACAAUCUUAAGAAAUUGUCAAGUUGGAACCAAGUAGCAAGGAAAUGUACAAUUUUAUCUUCUGGCAAAGGGACAUCAUUCCUGUAUUAUAGUGUAUGUAAAUGCACCCUGUAAAUGUUAAUUUCCAUUAAAUAUGGGAUGGGGACUCAAAUUUCAGAAAAGCUACCAAGUCUUGAGUGCUUUGUAGCCUAAGUUGCAUGUAGUGGACUUUACUGCUCCAAGGAGUUGUGCAAACUUUUCAUUCCAUAACAGUCCUUUUACAUUGGAUUUUAAACAAAGUGGCUCUGGAUUAUGUCAUUCCCUAUAUGGCACUUUAGA